UAGCGUUGCCGAUUCGAGCGUCGGGACGCUUGUAGCAAUUAGGACAGCGUCGACCUCCGAUCGUCCUCAGGCACAGGGGCCCCUUGUUCAGUGAUCGAAGCGAGACCGGUAGAAGACAAGCCGCCACCAUGGACGCCAUCAAGAAGAAAAUGCAAGCGAUGAAGCUUGAAAAAGACAACGCCGCCGACAAGGCCGACGCCAUGGAGGGCCAAUACAAGGACGCCAACGCCCGCGCCGAGAAAGUCAACGAGGAGGUGCGCGACCUCCAGAAGAAGCUCUCCCAAAUCGAGAACGAAUUCGCCACCAGCAAGCAGGCCUUGGAGAUGGCCAACCAGGAGCUCGAGAACAAGGACAAACAACUCACCCAGGCGGAAUCCGAAGUAGCAGCGCUCAACAGGAAGGUACAGCUCAUCGAAGAAGACCUGGAAAGAUCCGAGGAACGUCUCGCUACGGCUACCACCAAAUUGGCUGAAGCUUCCCAAGCAGCCGACGAAAGCUCCCGUAUGUGCAAGGUGUUGGAGAACCGCUCCCAACAAGACGAGGAACGCAUGGACCAACUCACCAAUCAACUGAAAGAGGCCCGUCUGUUGGCCGAAGACGCCGACAACAAAUCCGACGAGGUCUCCCGCAAGCUGGCCUUCGUUGAAGACGAGCUCGAAGUAGCAGAAGAUCGCGUGAAGGGCGGCGACGCGAAGAUCAUGGAGCUGGAGGAGGAGCUGAAGGUGGUCGGUAACUCGCUGAAGUCGCUGGAGGUGUCCGAGGAGAAGGCCAACCAGAGGGUCGAGGAGUUCAAGAAGCAGCUGAAGAGCCUCACCGUGAAGUUGAAAGAGGCCGAGGCGAGGGCGGAGUUCGCCGAGAAGACGGUGAAGAAGUUGCAGAAGGAGGUCGACAGACUCGAAGAUGAGCUUGGUAUUAACAAGGACAGGUACAAGUCCCUCGCCGAUGAAAUGGACUCCACAUUCGCCGAACUCGCCGGUUACUAAGAAAUGUCUCGCCAAUAAAAAUGAUGAUAAUUUAAUACUAAUUUAUAAUUUAUAUAUUGUAUUUCAGAUGUUUAAAAAGGUGUUGAUUUUGAGAAAAAAAAGUGUCACUAUAAAUUCGUGAGCUUUUAACGUGCCCUUCUGUUCUAGUCUAUUUAAAAUAAGCGCGUCUAGGAAGCCGUUCAGUUGAUUUGAAUAAAAAAAUGUACCAUAUUGAGUAGCUUUCGUUUCAUUUAUUGUAUUAAAACAUAUUCUUUAUCAUUUUUA